ACAAGCUCGUGUGCCGCUGGCUUUACUUUUUUCUCUCCUAUUUCAAAGAAAUUACGUUUGCUCGUUCUGAUUAAGUGAAUCAAUUAUAAGCUGUAUUACGAAAGAAAAAAUCUGGCAAAACUUCUAAGAAAAAUGGUUGUUGGACGUGCAUUGCAUUUUGUCUUUAAGAUACCGGAUCGGAGAUUAACAGCAAAAUUCUACCGUGAAAUUCUUGGAAUGAAGGUGCUACGGCAUGAGGAAUUUGCAGACGGAUGUGAGGCUGCCUGUAAUGGACCAUAUGCAAAUCGUUGGAGCAAGACAAUGAUAGGAUAUGGUCCUGAAGACACACAUUUUGUAAUAGAGCUGACAUAUAAUUAUGGAAUUAAGGAAUACGAAGUAGGAAAUGAUUUUAAAGCUAUCACAAUUCGUUCAAAAGAUGUUAUCGAAAGAGCACGUACUAAUAAAUGGCCAAUGCAAGAAGAAAAUGGAAAAUUUGUGAUGCAGGCACCAGGAGGAUAUAAAUAUUAUAUCAUUAAUGAACAACAUCCUACUGACAGUGAUCCAGUGGAAAAAGUUACUCUAUCCAGUUCCAAUCUAGGGGAUACCAUUGCUUAUUGGAAAGACAUUUUGGGAUUGAAGAUAUUUGAUCAAAAAGAGAAAAGUGUUCUGAUGGGUUACAGUGAAGAUCAAGCUAAGCUUGAGUUUGAAGAUAUAGGCACUAAAGUUAAUCAUGCAAAAGCAUAUGGACGUAUUGCUUUUUCAAUUCCAUUCUCAGAACAGCCAAAGAUUCAAAAAGCCAUUAAAGAAAGCGCAAAUAAAAUCUUGACUGAUCUCAUAACUUUAGAAACACCAGGAAAAGCUUCUGUCAGAGUCAUCAUCCUUGCAGAUCCAGAUGGGCAUGAAAUCUGCUUUGUAGAUGAUGAAGGAUUUAGACAAUUGUCAGUUCCAGAUUAUCCAAGUGAAGCAAUUUUAGAUAGAUAUAUCCAAAAGGAAGCAUCUGGUGUAAUAGAUGAUGCAUAAAUAAUUACUUGCUUCUGUUACAAAGUAUUAUUUUUUUAAUUUAAAAAAGAUUUAAAAAGAAGAAAGGUAAUAUAUAUAUAUAUAUAUGUUGUAUGGUCUUUGUAAGUUUAGUCAAUAUUAUUUUAUAAAACAACUAGGUUUUUUACGACAGAAUUAAAUUUACAAACAUCUUGCAACAUAAAAUGUUAGUGGUGAUGGGAUGCUAAUAAUAAAAAGUCUAAUACUUAAGUGACGCAAGAUAUCCCAAUGAAAAUAUGUAGAUAUGCAAAUAAAAAGCAUAUAUGCUAAAAACA